UUCAACUUGAGGACAGACGUACGUAUCGGAGCAACCCGGGUGAUCCCGAUGCGCUCAGCCUACCCGGUAGUGCAUGCCAUUCAGAGGUUGAGACCAGCGUCCUGGAUUGCGGGGUUCAGAGAUCUUGCCGAAAUGGGCAGUCAUGACGCUGUACUCAAUUGCACCUGCCACCGGACAAAUGGCAGACUGGCUGGCUUGUUCAGAUUGUGCCGCCUGCUUCAAUCUUCUCCUCUCUUCCAUCCUGGACUGCCACGGUCAUAGUAAAUGCAUCGUCACUCACGACCAACCCUCGUUCGUCCACCGAUAACGACACGUAAGAUCGAGCCGAUGGGUGCUAACCGACCCAAAGUUUAUAAGAACCAUGAAGGACCCCGUCUUCAAAGUCGCUUCUCCUACUCUAAUCCCUCCGUACCCAACCCAAAGUCUCGAAUCUUGACUGCCGGAACCGACUUGCGCAAGAUGCUGAACCACACUGUCAACAAGACCGCGCUGCACCCCGGUGGUGUCCAGCCUCACAUUCCUCACACCGAGCUCGAGGAGGAGCUGCACGAGACCGCGCACAUUGACUACGACCGCGUGUCAAUUAUCGCCAAUCCUUCCGUCGCUGCUCUCUACGAAGAUGCUCUCGUCUACGAGACCGGUACCGCCAUCACAUCAAGCGGCGCUUUGACUGCCUACUCGGGUACCAAGACCGGCCGCUCACCCCUUGACAAGCGAGUUGUCAAGGAGCCUUCAUCAGAGAACGAUAUCUGGUGGGGUCCCGUCAACAAGCCCAUGUCCCCAGAGGUCUGGAAAAUCAACCGCGAACGUGCUGUUGACUACCUCAACACCCGCAACCGCAUCUACGUCGUCGAUGGCUACGCCGGCUGGGACGAGAAGUACCGCAUUCGUGUCCGUGUCAUCUGCGCUCGUGCCUACCAUGCUCUCUUCAUGCGCAACAUGCUCAUCCGCCCUCCUCGCGAGGAGCUCGAGCACUUCCACCCCGACUACACCAUCUACAAUGCCGGUUCUUUCCCCGCCAACCGUUUCACCGAGGGCAUGACCUCUGCCACCUCAGUCGCCAUCAACUUCGCCGCCAAGGAGAUGGUUAUCCUGGGUACUGAGUACGCCGGCGAGAUGAAAAAGGGUGUUUUCACAGUCUUGUUCUACGAGAUGCCCAUCAAGCACAACGUCUUGACUCUUCACUCUUCUGCCAACGAGGGCAAGAACGGCGAUGUGACCGUCUUCUUCGGUCUGUCGGGCACUGGCAAGACUACCUUGUCGGCUGACCCCAACCGCGCCCUGAUCGGUGACGAUGAGCACUGCUGGAGUGAUCGUGGUGUCUUCAACAUCGAGGGUGGUUGCUACGCCAAGACCAUCGGCCUGUCUGCCGAGAAGGAGCCCGAUAUCUACAACGCCAUCAAGUUCGGCUCCGUUCUCGAGAAUGUGGUUUUCGACCCCGAGACCCGUGAGGUUGACUACGACAACUCCACCCUCACGGAGAACACUCGCUGCGCCUACCCUAUCGAGUACAUUCCCAACGCCAAGAUUCCCUGCUUGUCCGAGAACAUGCCCUCGAACAUCAUCCUCCUCACCUGCGACGCCCGCGGUGUUCUGCCUCCCAUCUCGAAGCUCGACCGCGCCCAGACCAUGUUCCACUUCAUCUCCGGAUACACCUCUAAGAUGGCUGGUACCGAGGAUGGCGUGACCGAGCCCCAAGCCACGUUCUCGUCGUGCUUCGCUCAGCCCUUCCUGGCUCUGCACCCCAUGCGCUACGCCAAGAUGCUUGCGGACAAGAUUGAGCAGCACAAGGCCAACGCCUGGUUGUUGAACACCGGCUGGGUCGGUGCCGGUGCUCUGCAGGGUGGCAAGCGCUGCCCGCUCAAGUACACCCGUGCCAUUCUUGACGCCAUCCACUCUGGGGAGCUUGCCAACGUCGAGUACGAGACCUACGAAGUCUUCAACCUCAACGUGCCCAAGACCUGCCCCAACGUGCCGGACGAGCUUCUCAACCCCAAGAAGGCCUGGACUGCCGGCGAUGACAGCUUCAACAACGAAGUGAUCAAGCUCGGCAAGCUCUUCCGUGAGAACUUCACCAAGUACGAGAGCGAGGCAACCGAGGAGGUUGUCAAGGCUGGACCCACCGUCUAAGUCUGUGGUUGGGAAAAAAGUACCAGAUUUCCUAUUUUCGCUUCACAGAUAUCCUCUAAUGGGUUUUUGGGAUUUCACUUGACGAAUCUGUUUUGGAAAGGCGUUCUGUUCUCAUGGCGAGUACAUGGAAUUACUUGGUUUUCGGCAUGAUAUAUCAGAAAGAGAGGCAUGCAUUCAGUUUAAGACUGGAAAGUAUUUGGACGAAGAUUAUGAAUAUCACAACCACAUACAUAUAUAUAACUUGGUGCCAUAAUAAUAAGC